UGGCGGAGUUCUCUAUUUACCUUUUCUCCGUCGCGGAGGCCGUAACAUGACCCUCUCAAUGAUCAAAAUCUAGAUAGAAAAGACAAACGGCAUCGAAUUGUAUUUAAUACUUUAUUUAUGAAUGUAUUUAUAGAGAUACAUACAACCCAUUCUUCCUGCAACCGUGAAGGAUUGGGGAUCGGAUCGUUUCGUGCGGUACUGUCACAGCUGUGGGCGAGUCUGCCCUGCGUCGCUAGCUAGCUAGCGAACUAGCUAGCAGGCUAGCUGCAGCAGCUGCUGCUGGUUAAAGCGCCGUUAUUUGAUAGUUGUAAAUACCCUCUUGUGUGAGGUAGUCAUGGCAACUAGGCGCCUGACCGAUGCCUUCUUAUUAAUGCGGAACAAUGCAAUCCAAAACCGGCAGAUAUUGGCUGAGCAAGUGAGUACAUACGACCCCCGUCGUGCUCUGAGUACACGUAGCAAUGCUGCGGAGCUGGAUGAGCUGGCCGAUGACCGCAUGGCACUGGUGUCCGGGAUCAGUCUGGACCCAGAAGCUGCUAUUGGAGUCACCAAACGACUGCCUCCCAAAUGGGUAGAUGGGGUGGAUGAGAUUCAGUAUGACAUCACACGGAUCCGGCAGAAGAUGAAGGAGCUGGCCAGCCUGCAUGACAAGCACAUGAACCGACCCACACUGGACGACAGCAGCGAGGAGGAGCACGCCAUCGAGAUCACCACACAGGAGAUCACACAGAUGUUCCAUCGAUGCCAGCGUGCGGUGACGGGGCUGCAGUCACGCUGUGGGCACUGCACAGAGCAGGAGGACCGGCUGCUGAGGAACGUGGUGUCCUCCCUGGCCCACAGCCUGCAGGACCUGUCCACUAACUUCCGCCACACGCAGUCCAGCUACCUGAAACGUAUGAAGAAUCGAGAGGAAAGGUCCAAACACUUUUUUGACACGUCUGGGCCUCUUAUGGAAGAGGAUGAAGACAUAGCACUGUAUGACCGGGGCUUCACAGAUGACCAGCUGGUCCUGGUAGAGCAAAACACGGUUAUGGUGGAGGAGCGGGAGCGGGAGAUUCGGCAGAUUGUUCAGUCCAUCUCCGACCUCAAUGAGAUCUUCCGAGACCUGGCUGGCAUGGUGGUGGAGCAGGGCACAGUACUAGACAGAAUUGACUUCAAUGUGGAGCAAGCUUGUGUGAAAACAGAAGACGGUUUAAAACAGUUACAAAAGGCAGAACAGUAUCAGAAGAAGAACCGCAAGAUGCUGGUCAUUUUAAUUUUGUUUGUCAUUGUUGUCAUUCUUAUAAUUGUUCUAUUUGGAGUGAAGCUGACGUAAUCCAGCCCUGGUCUCUCGACGUGUGCGUUUAAUGUAUGUGUUUGUGUGUGGGUGUGUGGGUGUGUGUGUUUGCGUAUGAGGGCUCUCCAAGUACUCCCGGUCAAAGCUGCCUUUGUUGAAUGUACAUUAAAUCAAACCAAACCUACCUAACAAAAAUCAAAUCGCCCCGUCCUGCUGGCACCAUUCAUUUUGCGGGCUCCAGGUGUGUGUUUGUGUGUAUAUAAUGCAUGAUCCCAGAGAGGGGGUAUAUCGAAGAAGUGGUGCUGCUUAUCACUGCAUUGAGGCAGUCAGGACGCACACAAACUGCUCGCCCACAUUUCCGCAACCUGACCCUGUUCCCUGAGACGUCUUUCAGUGUCAUGAUCUGUCUAACUAAAGGCACUCCAUGUGUUUCCCCCUGGAGGACACUAGAUAAUGUGAUACAGUGAUACCUUCUCCAUUGCCCUCCCGAGGACCAACCUGUCUGUAUAUAGCAUGACUGUGACCAAGGCGCUACCUGCCACAUUUGUUGACCUGCUGAAGCUGAUCUGGCCGUGAAUUUCCUUGAAGCUUCCAUUCCCCAAGUCUGUUACUGAAAGAAGAGACCUGGGCACUGCACUGAAUGGAAGCCUGAGCGAGAGGGACACCGUCCGCAUUGUCAGAGCUUUCAUACGCCAUCACCUGUGGGCUCUCACCUCUGAAGAUUGCUGUGUUUUUUUCCCUUUACUCUGCCAGGGUCUCAAUCGCCAAGCUGGACUGUUCAGUCAGUCUCAUGGGUGAAGAGGCUCUUCAUCUGUAGAGUUAAGAGUGGUUAUAAAUGAUCUUUUGUUUGUUGACUUUUUCAUUUUCAUUGAAAAAACAUGUUAAAGACACCUACGUGUCAUUUAUCAUGAAAGUGAGACCUGCAAGUAUGGAUGGACAGCCAUUGUCAGCUUACUCUUGCCCUUCUAACUCUUCUUGGCCAGUGUUAUGCCUUCUCCACACCCACCUUUGUACAAGUAUAACGGCUUCCUGCUUUCACCUUAAUCCUUUUUUUCCUGGCAUGUAUUUACGGAAAGACCGAGGAGUUUGGUUUCAUCUAUGUCAAACUACUUUACUCUGUAUUAUAUGAAAUAUGACACUAUUUAUUUGAAAUUUAAAAUCAAGCUGCAACCGUGCAAAAGAUUUAAAGGUAAACAGAUAUGGAGUAACUUAAGCAUAUGACCUGAAGUGCACAAAAGAAAUGGUCACUUUUGACCACAGCACAGAGACCCAACCCAUAAUACUAUUCAAAAUGUCAAACCUGGAAUUAUGCACGCUCCAACUUAGUUUUAUCUGCUGUCUCCUCUGUGUGACAAGUAAUUUUCUAUUUAUUUGGAAGAAAAAUUAUGUGAAACAUUUCACUUUAAUUCCAGUGUAGAUGUCUUAUGUUUGUUACUUCUUUUCUGCAACUGAUCGGAAGAAAUCAUGGGUGAAAUUAACUUCCAUAUUCAAUACAGAAUCCAGUUUCGGUUGUGCACAGUACAGUGUAAAAUCUUUGGUCUUGGUGUUGUAACGUUCUGUGUGAACAUACUGCUGACGUCCUAAUGGUACUGUAUAUUAGCUGAAGUUUUAUAAGGAUUGUGGAUGUAAGCAGAUUUUUAAAAAAAAAUAAAUAUGGAAGAA